AUUAUGAAAGCUAUUAACUUAAUCCACUUUCUUAAUCAUGAUUAGCGAGGCAAGAACAAAUGCAAGGAAUUCGAAGUUUCCAUGAUAUAAAGCCCAGAUGGAAAAACAAAAUUAAAGCAUGUUUUUUGAAAAUUUCAAGAUUAUAGUGUGGCCCAUGAACCAAUCUAAUCCAAUUAAAAAAUCGAGUUGGGUCUCUCGAGGUUGUGCCCUCUCCACCACAGCCCCACAUUCAUAGAUUUCGAAUUCUUUAACCCUUUUCGAUAGCUGCUUGAAGGUCGUGAGCCUACCAAAUAUGAAGAAAAAAGUGUUUUCUUGGUUUCCCUGAAGCUGUUCUUUGUCUGUUCUUGAGUGCAGAGCGAAGAACAGAGAAAUCUGGAAGGUGGGUUAUGAAUAAUCUUCAUGCUAUUUUCCCAAUGAUCGAUGCGAGGCCAGAGCUUGCUGGGUUUUCAAUUUCUCACAUGGUAGCCAAAAUGGAAGCUCAAUCCCCAGGAGUUCCUGAGGUUAUUAGAGUAGUUCAUCACCAAGAUUUGAACAAGAGAAUUCUUGUAGCAUUGGUUGUUUCUUCCACUCUUCUUGGAGCUAUAUUGUUGUUCCUUUUGUGUGUUUGGAUAUAUCGUCGAAGAACGUCGAAACUCGAUGAUGGAGAAUGUCGAAAGGAUUUGGAGGUUUCGAAAUCGACGACGAUGAACCCCAUAUCCAGAUUUAACUCCUUGAGGUUGGCUAAUUUUAAAGGUUCGGUUUCGAUGAUCGAUUAUAAACUGUUGGAAGCCGCUACUGAUAACUUCAGCAAAAGCAAUGUUUUGGACGAGGGUAGUACCGGACAUGUUUAUAAAGCUCGAUUCGAUGAUAAAAUGCUUGCAGCUGUGAAGAGAAUCGACUGUGGAGGACCGGAUGCUGAACGAGAAUUCGAGAAUGAGGUGAACUGGUUGUGUAAAAUACGACAUCAAAACGUAAUCAAGCUCUUGGGGCACUGCAUUCGUGACGAAACACGGUUUCUUGUUUACGAGAUGAUGCAGAAUGGAUCUUUGGAGUCUCAAUUGCACGGACCUUCUCAUGGAUCGGCUUUAACGUGGCAUCUCCGAAUGAAGAUCGCGGUCGACAUUGCAAGAGGAUUGGAGUAUCUUCACGAGCACCGAAGUCCUCCGGUCGUUCACCGUGACUUAAAAUCAUCGAAUAUCCUUCUAGAUUCGGACUUUAACGCCAAGCUCUCUGACUUUGGCCUUACUGUAAACUUGGGAGCUCAAAAUAAGAACAUAAAGCUCUCGGGAACGCUCGGAUAUGUCGCCCCCGAGUACCUUUUAGACGGUAAACUAACAGAUAAAAGCGACGUCUAUGCUUUCGGGGUCGUUCUUUUAGAGCUUCUGACCGGGAAAAAGCCCGUCGAGAAAAUGGGACCUACUCAAUCCCAAUCUCUAGUUUCAUGGGCAAUCCCGCAACUUAGCGACCGAUCAAAGCUACCGAAAGUUGUCGAUCCCGUGAUAAGGGACACAAUGGAUUUGAAGCACUUAUACCAAGUUGCUGCUGUAGCUGUGUUAUGUGUACAAUCGGAACCGAGCUAUCGACCGUUGGUUACCGACGUUCUGCAUUCCCUGAUCCCUCUUGUACCUGUAGAGCUUGGAGGAUCACUAAGAAUUACCGAACCGCUGCAUCUGAAAGAGCCUUCGUCGACCCGCUAACCGAUCAUAGAAAGAAUUCAAUGCUUUGUUCAAUCACAUUCUACACUGAUUGAAAGGAAAACAGUUGUGUUUGGUGAAAUUCUUAUUUAAACAUUGUUUAAAUAGUUAAUUAUAAGAUUAGUACCUAAGCUUUCGUUUAUA